CUACAUUUGUAUUUUGGACUCACACUCUACAUAUGAUAAAGUGAGCUCUGACUCAUGUCGGAAUGACUUUACCAGAUCCCUGUUUAAUUGUAUUUUAACGCACUUCUGUGAUCAGCGUUGGCAGCUGCAACCAAAACGGUUACUGAAGGAAACACCGGAAAGCACUAUAUAGCAGACGGAACACCUGGUUGGGGCAGGGAUAUCAGAGACACGUUUAAACAUGACGUGAGGAUUUUUACUCUUCAAACUAAGACGGGCCAAAGUCACCAACGCGGGAGCCUGUUCAAAAUUCCUUCUGAAACAAAAGCCCCUAACUGUGAAAGACAAUCCUGACUUCUUGUAGUCUCGCGAGAGAACCGUCAUCGCAACGAAGGCAGCCCUCACCACUCUACGCCGAACCGACUCCGAUGGGCGCCGCCAUCUUGUUCCGGAGAGAAUAACAAAUCGGAGUUCUCGGAGGGUCCAGGGGGAGGGGAAAGUGGCGGCCGGCUCAGCGGGCCCAACGCAAGGAUCGGGGACCGGAAGGCGAGUCCCUUCGCGGAGGCACGAAGUCGGCUUCUCCUCUUCGCCUAGCUUGGCUGCGACGUCCUCACGGGGAGCGAGGCCAUCGGGCGGGAAGAUGGCGGUGGAGUCUCGCGUUACUCAGGAGGAGAUUAAGAAAGAGCCGGAGAAGCCCAUCGAUCGGGAGAAGACCUGCCCCCUUUUGUUAAGGGUCUUCACCACCAACAAUGGGCGCCACCACCGCAUGGAUGAGUUUACUCGAGGAAAUGUACCCUCCAGUGAGCUUCAGAUCUAUACUUGGAUGGAUGCAACUCUGAAAGAACUGACCAGUUUAGUGAAAGAAGUCUAUCCAGAAGCACGAAAGAAGGGCACACAUUUCAACUUCGCAAUCGUUUUUCCGGAUCUCAAAAGGCCUGGUUACAGGGUGAAGGAGAUUGGCAGUACAAUGUCCGGCAGAAAGGGCACAGAUGAUUCCAUGACUCUGCAGUCUCAGAAAUUCCAGAUAGGUGAUUACUUGGACAUAGCAAUUACACCUCCAAAUCGAGCACCGCCUCCAUCAGGUCGCAUGAGACCUUACUAAUAUUUUGGUUUCUUCUAGUGACCACAUCAUUUGCAUGAUUAUAGCUUAAUUUGAAGAAUUUUUUUUAACGCAGAGCAAGAAUGCUUGACAACCCUUAAACCUUUGGAAUACCAAUUCCUUUUUUUUAAAACUAUGUAUUUAGAACAGCAUUCUUUCAACUGGCUUGGGUACGUUUUCUCUCUCCAGUUAAUCUAAAAACAGGCAUCUCCAGUUUUUCCAAAGUAUAUGCAAUGUGCCUAGAGCAACGUAGGCAGUCUUCUGAGGAUUUUGAAAUUCUUUUGUUAUAGGGCAAAUUUGUUGUAAUGCCACCCUACUGUUAAUAUAUGAGCAUGGGUAAUAAAAAGUGUUCGAUGUAUUUCAAGAAAA